AGGUAUGCGGUGUGAGCGUUAGGAUUUCGACACACUCCUCCUUUCGCUCUUAUCAAUAUGAAGUUUCGGAUUACCUUAAUCUUUUCUUUAGGAUGCCUAUUUUCAUGUUUGUUGAUAGCGUCAUGUGAAGAAGGAUUCUCACAGGUUUCCGUGUACGGACGCGAGAGGAGAGACACCAGCAGACGACAGGCUGACAGCAAUGAGAGUGACGAUAAUGACGACGACGAUGAUCGAAGAAAAGAAUACUCACGCCGCUUAGCUCUCCAAAAAGUUCUCAGAAAGUUACGGAGGCUACCUUUGUCCAGAAGCCAGCUUGUGAAGCUCGUGAGUCGACUACGCAAGCAUAAAAAGUCAAACAAAGCUAUAACUAUGACGGUUAUACGUGACAUAAUGAAGGACGUAGUCGGAAAGAAAAGCAAAAUCAGCAAAACUAAAGCCAAGGAAAUACCCACAACAACUAAAGCAACUACAACAGUUAAAGUCGAAAAGAACAAAGAGAAAAACAUUCCAUCUAUUACUGAUGGUCAUUUAGUGUCAAUUAAAAAAGCACCAAAGAAACCAGAGGUCGUGAAAGCACCCGAACCAAAAGAACCUCCCAAACAAAAAAUACCAGUGGUGUAUCAACCACCUGUUGUGAAAGUAACAAAAAUAACACCUCCUCCAAAGCAAAUUCAACCAGUAGCAAAGGUGCAAAAAAUACAGCCUCAACCUCCCGUUACAACAAAAGUAGAAAGUGACGUACAAGUUAUCCCUACGGCAAACGGAAAUGAUGUAGCUGUCGAUACUAGAAUUUCUCCAGAAUUGAAACUGAAUAUUAAUCGUAUCCCAGUUAAGUUAAGAACCCAAGCGCUUUUCCAAAGAUUAAAAAUUCUUCGACAACGUUUACACAAUUUUAAAAAGCUUCGAGACAGACAAAAUACUGUGAGGACAAACAAGAAAGAAAUUGUUAAAACCUCCUUAUCUGGUCUAGGCUCCCCAUCCUCUUCAAGUUCAAGUGUUGCUAUUGUACAAACAAAACCUGCUGUGAAAGCAGUUGCAUAUGCCUCAGAUAUGGAAAAGCCACUCAGCCUUUCUUCACCAAAUUUCCAACAAUCUUCAGUAGUAGCAGAAGCACAGGUUUCAGUAAAACCUACAAAUCCAGCGGGUCUUUCUUCACCCAAACUUAAUUUACAUGGCCACUCUCUUAACACAGACAAAACGCAAAGUGUUUUACACACAAACAAUUAUAACAGUGCACCUGUCAAUACGGGAAUAUCAAAUUUGUCACCACCCGUAGCUCCAUCAGUAAUUCCAUCGGUUGAAAUGACACAAGAUGAAUCUAGUCGUGUGAAAAAGAUUAUCAUGGUGAUUCAACGGCUUGCAUCUAGAUCUGGAAGUAAAAAGUUACAAGUAUCAUCGAAAGCAAAAAACCUUCUCAUAAAAUGGGUCAGGAGAUAUAAAAAUGCUAUGAAAGCAAAGCAAGUGCAACCGCAUGUGGAAACUAAAGUACAAUACUCAGUUUCUUCCGGAUUUCACAAUGUACCGAUUGAUCAAGUUGGAACCAAGUCUCUGCAAAGAAACAUUCCGCUGUCUUCCACUGCGGAACUUGCUAAUCCUAAUAUGAUGGAAAAUGAUGUUAUUAAGCAGAAAAUUGAAAAGAAACCAAAGGAUGGCAGCCACUAUAUAUUAGAAAACAGCAAAGAUACAUAUAUUUCUGAUUCACCACAGGCGAAAAGUCAUUUCAAAACAAGCCCAAAAGCAUCCUUUAUUAAACCUGAGCAAACAGUUGUUGAAAAUAGUGAAAUGAAAAGUUCCUCUUUCCAUAAUUCUUUUAAAUCAAAUGCUACAAUAACAUUUCCACUUUCUUCACAACCGGUUAAAGACAUCCAAGAACAGAACACAAAGGAAAUUUCAAAACUAAAUUCGGAAAUUACGAAUACAGAUACUAAAACAGAAGCUAUUAACACUAAAAAGUCAGAUAUUGAGACAGGCAACGCAGACUUUAAACAAGCACUUGAGUCAAAAGCAGUAAAGGAAUCACAAACAAAUGCGCUUGACAGCAUGAUUAAAGAGGCUCCUAAGCAUAUUUAUGCAACAUUCUUGCCCCCGACCAUUGAAGAUCCCUCUUUGAAAGAAAAACAAACAUUUGAAAGAAAGAAAGAUAAAAUAUCACAAACAGAAAAUGCACAGAUAGUUGAAGAAAGCACAGACAUUCCACAUGUAGAAAAUAACGUAGAAGUAACAAACUGGGUUUCACCUGGUGGUGUUCCCAUAAGUUUAGAAACUCCAAAGACCCUCCCCGGUAUUCCUAUACCGGAAGUCGAAAAUAAAGUUACUGAAUCUGUUUUGAAACAAUCAGUUUAUACUACUACACCAGCCGCUGUACAAAUUUUUGACGAACAAAUAUCUAACGAUCCCUAUGUUCCUGUCGCGUCAGUAAGAUCUGAACUAAAUACAAUACCGGAAGUAACCAAAGUAUCAUCAAAUAACCUUGAUACAUCCAUUAAUGGUCACUCAGAUAUAAAUAAUGCUGUUGAAGCCAAUCUGGAUGAGUCUCCCUACAAAAGCAUUCCUUCAAAACAAACUGAUCAACUUCAAAAUGAAUCUCAGAAACACAAUUCAAUUACAGACAACAACGUCAUCCCACUAUUUCAACAUGAAACCAAAAACACGUUUUUCAAAGGUGUAAAUAAAACACCAAUUGACACUACCUCAAUUGAAAGUAAUUCAAUCAAAGAAUUAACGCAAAAGCAGGGACCCAGUGUUGAUGAAUCUGUUCCAAAAGCUAGUGAUAUAUCUGUAUUCAAUCAAAUAAACACACACACAAACACAGAUAACACAGUUAUUCCCCUAAAUAAGGACAUUUCCUUCGAUAAAAAACAAGAAAAUAACCAAGGUCAUCUACUUUCAGCUUCUCAAGAGCUUUCGUCAAAUACAGUCAACGUUUUUAAGCCUUCGGCAAAAAACAUCUUUGAUAAGCCUUUAUCAAAAUCCCUUCCCGACUUGGAGAAGACAGCAUUAACAAGUGUUUCUGAUACAAACACACAAUCAGCUUCAAACAUUGAAGUACAUCAUGGUGGUAAAAACCAGUUUGUUCCACCGCCUCCCCCACCACCACUAUCAUUUGAUUCAAGAGUUACAAAAACAAACGAACAAUCUAAAACAAAUAACGUAGAGGAAAAUCAGUUUAUUACACCACCCCAACCCCCAGUAAGUGAGAGAGUUCCAACUUUAGUUAAAGAGAACCCGAACAUUAAACUCUCUCUUCCAGGUGUGGUCAUUGAAUCACCAUUUUCUGAUUCUAAAACCAUUGGAAAUGUCCAACAGGCAUUACAAACAAGUAUUGAUAAUACAGUACAGGAAAUCCCCCAUGCAUCUUCAAAAUUAAUUCAAGGUCAAGAUAGUGCAGUAGUCUUUUCAAAUUCUGCUCCGGCGCUGAGACAGCAAAAGGAAAUUAAAAAGGCCAGUACUGGAGACAUCAAUAAUUUAUCAAUCGCACCAACCAAUAUUGUAGACAUAAAAAGUUCUUUUAAUGAUAAAAACAUAAAUAGAAUUGUAUCAAAGAAUGAACACACUUCUAAUGUACCUCCUCUUCAACUGCAUCCUAACAAUCAGCCAUCAAUUGUUAAGUCACAGCAAAUAGGGUCUUUCUCUCAAAAACAGUCAAAUCUCAAGACAGAAGAACUAAACACCCCGACCAAAUCAUUGCCUAAAUUUCAAAUUUCAAGGACAAAUGUUGCUCAACCUUUGAAUAGGAAUGUAAAUCAAAAGGCUUCUUCAACAUUUGUUGUGUCUCGACCCAAACGACCGGAAACGGAUUUUAAUAAGAUGGGAGGCAUGAGUUUAGAUAAAGGUGCUAUUCUAAGAAAACUUUUGGAAAUCAGGAGAUUGCGACAGCAGCUAAUCGCAACUGGAAGAGUGAGUGACAGGAGGCUUUCUGAUUUGCUUCCAAAUUCUAGAUCCUCGAUUUCCAAUCCCAGGCCUCCUUCUAGAUCACAACAAUCACCUUCACUUUCACAAAAUACCGUAGUUUUCUGGGGCGAUAGUGCUAAACCAUCACUAACAAAUCCAUUAAGGACUUCUAGGGCGCAUCGACGAAAAAGGAGCCUAUUAAGUGGCCAUAUGAUCCCAGGAAACAAUAUGCCACACACAAAUAAUCAAAUAUAUAUAGAUAUGCCCCUUCAUUCUUUAUCAUAUGACAAAAAGCGAAGUAACCCUGUAGAUUUGUUUGGUGGGUUGGGAUCUCCCUCUGUGUCACACUCACAUCCUGGACGAAGCAGAAUGGAUAUUGCUAACCCAGGUUCUUUGUCAUUAGGCCCUGUUCAUCCUAACACAUUACACGAUAGAGGUAUGACAAAACUAGAAAGAUUCUUUAGAAAACCUGUCUAUUACACCCCUCAGCCCCAAAUGCAAAAUAUUGCAGCGGUAGUAAAUCAAAUAUUUGCACCAAGGAACACCUUUCAACAACAACAACUGUUUGCUGGUAAUUCACUAAGUACUGCUUUCCGAAAUAAUCCACACCAUACACCUUUUCACCUGAAUGGAUCAGAAAGAAAAUCUUCAUAUGCUGCAAAACGGACACCAUCUGGUCUUCCUACAAAAAGAAAUUUUGUGGAGACAGCACCUGUGAAACUAAGGACAUCUAACAGUCAUGGGGUUCGAAUUUCGGUUAGAAAAGAUGUCUCUGGAGGAUCACUUGCGCAUCAACAUAAUUCACAACGACGAAUCAGAAAUGAGAAGACCAUAGAUUCAUCAUAUAUGGAUAAUUCCUUGUCAUUAGGACCUCCAAAACCCCAGCGACCAAAUUAUCGAACAGUUCGACGGAUCGUUAUAUUACCUAUUCGUGCCCCUACUCCAACUGUGCCAACGGUUCGCAAUAUCAAACAAAACAAAGGCAUGGGUCUCACAUCUAGUCAAUUAAACUUUGGGCCACAAAAAAGUCCGAAACAAGGUUCACAAACAGGAUUCUUAACAAAAGCCAAGCCAGAUAUGAAACCAUACAAAAACACCAAAAGCGUUGAAUACAAAACCAUUUCCUUAAGCUCCAAGAGUGAUGCAACCAAAAAGUCAAACUCUGAAACUCAUCAAAGCAGUAGUAAAACAGUAGCACAAUCGAAAUCUCAAUAUACAGAAAAUAAACUGACUUCAGCUACAAUGAGUCAACAUAAUGAUGUGUCCCAUGCACCAAAACUUACAGGUAGUACCUUGUCUUUAUCUCCUCUGCAUCACAAACAAAUGAAAGACUCGACUUCGUUAGUCAAGUUUGCAUUUUCCCUUAACAGUCCUGCAUCAAUGUUCAUGAAUAAUAUAGAAGCGAAGCCAACAAAUGUUUCACCUGUGAAAACAGGUUACUCUGGUUUGAUUUCCGCAGCUCCAAAUAGUGUGUUGAGGAAAGAAGCUGGAAAAGACAAGGCGGGACCGGCACUAAGUGCUACGUCAUUUGUGGGUCAAAAAAGUUCUAAUAAUGGUAUCGUUUUUGAGGAAAUAGACCCGCUGUCUUUGACAAAUUUUAUCCUGGCUGCAAAUGAAGCUCCGGACAGUGGCUUCAGUGGAGGUCCUGAUAUAUCAAUGUCGAUGGCUCCUGUAAAAUUGACAGACAAUACCGUGGAAAAUAGCGUCGUGCUAGAAAUUCCUGAAAAGAAUGAUUUCAUUGGACGGAGCACUCAUAAAGAGAAGAAAAGUGAAAUCGUAGAUAAGCAAAACAAACAACGGUUUGAUAACACAUUGACUAACCAAAUUCAAGAGAAGGAUUACCAUCGUCACGUUUCCAUUAAACCUGUUAAUCCAAAAACCAGUGCAAGCGUUUCUCAUUCACAUCACUUAAAAACUUCUCAAAGCAGCCAAAGACCAUAUACAUUUUCUUUGUCUGGAAUAUCUUUAAGUAGUCACACUCACUCUCCAAAGACAACAGUGCCACAUUCUGUGAAACCCACCAUUAAACCUACUCUCGGGGUUCCAGUUCACCAGGAAACCAACAAAGCAGCUCAACAUUCUUCAACUCAUCAAACUCAUAGUAAACUAACAUCUCUUAGUCAACGUCAACCCAUGCAAACUUCCCUUUCAAAACAGCCAUCAGUGAAAAAUACUCUCACUAAACACCAAUACACAAAAAAUAUAAAUACUCAUCAUCAACAUUCAAGCAAUACACGAAUAAAAUAUCUACCUUUGAAAAACUCUCUUACUGAUUUGAAAUCAGAAAAUAAAUUUUCGAAACCCCCAUCUCGAGAUUAUGUUUAUCGCAGUUCAUCACUCACCUCUUUUAAUCCAAGAAAGAGCACAUUGGCCUACCAAACCGUGGGACAUAAUUUUGAUAUCAAUGAUAAAUUCACAACAAAAUACACUCAUCCGCCUCAUACUGGGCAUUCAUCAGUCAGUCACACUGCAACAACCACACCAAGUAGCCGCAUAGUUGUUUAUACUCCAGCAACACCAAACUGGCAACACAAAAGUUCUCUUCCUAGCCACAUGUCAGGAAAGAUAGGGCAUUACAAAAAGCAGUUUGUCAUUGAAAGCCAAAAUGGAGUAUCCUUCAGUGAUCACAACCAGCUUCAAAGACAUCCAAAUCAAGUGGAUCGUUCAAUCCCAUCAGCUGGAAAGCAGUCAACAUAUAAAAUUGCUCGUUUCGAACAACUUUCAGGGCAGCGUCCUUCAACUAAAACUUCUCCAAACACUAUUGAGAACACAAUAAAUCACUCCAAAUCCUGGAACGAUCAAAAAUUAUUAAAGACAAUAGAUAACUCCAAACAAUGGUCGAACAAAAUCUUGGCAUCCAAACCACAGAAUGCCAAAAUGGAUUAUCAAUUAACCAAGCCUGUGGCAUCCAAACCCCUGAAUGUCAAAAAGGAUUAUCAAAAUCAAAUAACCAAGCCCGUGGUAUCCAAACCACUGAAUGCUAGGAAGGAUUAUCAAAAUAAACUCUCCAUGCCAGCUGGUUUGCUAGGAUAUGCUAUCUCAGGGCCAUUGGAUUCAGAAGCAAAACACUCACGGCAAAUCAUUAGGCCCACCUCCAGACCGGAUAGUCACACCAAGCAUAGGACCUCCGUGAAUCUAAAAGACACCAAAAUACAACAUAUUAUUGAAAAUAAAAUCAAUAGUGGAAGACAAUCUGGAUGGGUGACACCACAACCUCUAAAACCACCAAGAUAUGGUGCAGUAAAUAAAAUCCAGACAUCUUUGCGCCAGCAAACAAAACCGGAUAUACGCUAUCAACAACAUCACCAGCACCAACAGGGCCAUAGAUCCGUUGUAAAAACUCAGCACCAUGAUCACAGAACAGUUGAGUCAACCCUGCAACAACCCAUACAAGCAGUUACACCACCGACGCACAUACAUAGUCCUCAGAUGACUUUGACUGCUCGUCCGCCUUUGUCUGUUACUCAAAAAUCUAUCGAAACGACGAAAGUUGCGUUCUUCUCCACAGGAACAGAAAGUUACGCUAUAAGCUCACAGCUCUUAGCGCUUCUAAGACAGCUUCCUGUCGGGGAUCUACCGGACCACAAGAAAAGGCGCUUAGAAAAAAUUCUCGGAGUAGAAAAUGGACAACUCGAGGAGAAAUCGCCAGAGCCAUUAUCAGAGGUUGAUGCUUUAAAUAACGCUGUUCAUGAGCAGAGUAUAAAGAAUGGAAAGGCCAGGCAGUUUGAAGUAAGCCAUCAAAAACUAACUUCAAAUAAUCGGCGCUAUGUUCAACCAACAUUUAAUGGAGCAAACAAUGAAAACGUUAAAUCAAGUCUCAGUGCCUUCUUUGCUCCAUGACAUUUUCGAAAAAAAAAAUCCUGGUGAUAGACAGAGUUAGGAAACUGUGAUUCACCUUUUGGGAAUUGGGUAUAAUGUUUAUUAAAAUAAACAAUAGUUUUGUUAUAUUAUUGGUAUAUCAUUUUGUUUUAUUUGUACUGUUUCCCCGUUGUUUGAAUGUGUGCAUUUUUCAUUAAACAUUCGUCAAUAUAGCAUAAUGUUAGAAUGACUUGUACUGUGUUUUAAGAUAAGACUAAUAAAAUUCCAAA